GCUCCCGCAGAACAAACAGCACAUUCAUAGGCAGCAGUCAGUCAGUCAGCAGCAUGUAUCUCUGGAGAAUUUACUUCUCUUUUUCUCUGAAUGUCACAUUUGUUCAAACGCGCCUCAUACAAUGAGGAUUAUAAUCUGGAUCAUCGCGAACGCUUUCCUGUUCAGCGUCGUUUCCACGCAACGAAAUCGAAGACCAGUUUUCACAUGUGGCGGAAACUUUACUGGAGACACAGGACUGAUUGGGAGUCAGGGGUACCCCGGUGUCUACCCUCCCAACAACAAAUGUGUGUGGAGAAUUACUGUUCCUCAAGGGAAGGUUGUCUCCCUUUUGUUCAGAGCUCUGGAUCUUGAGAGUGAUAGUCUUUGCAGAUAUGACUAUGUUGAUGUAUAUGACGGCCACAUCAACGGGCAGCGUCUCGGCCGCUUCUGUGGUACCGCCAGACCCGGAGCGCUGGUCACCAAUGGAAACAAGAUGCAAGUGGUCAUGGUGUCAGAUGCCAACACAGCUGGGAGUGGUUUCCUUGCUGUAUACUCAGCGAUUCGCCCAAAUGAAAGAGGUGACCGGUAUUGUGGGGGUCUUUUAGACAAACCCUCCGGGAGCAUAAAGACCCCUAACUGGCCAGAUAAAGACUACCCAGCAGGAGUAACGUGUUCCUGGCAUAUUGUUGCUCCUCAAGACCAGAUCAUUGAGCUGAAGUUCGAGAAGUUUGAUGUGGAGAGAGACAGCUACUGCCGCUAUGACCAUGUGGCUGUGUUUAAUGGUGAAGAAACGAACGAGUCACGGAAGAUCGGGAAGUUCUGUGGAGACAGCCCACCCAUGCCAAUUUAUUCUGAUGGCAAUCAUCUGUUCAUCAUGUUUCUGUCAGACCUGAGUCUAACUGCGGAUGGAUUUAUCGGCCAUUACCGCUUUAAAUCUCGGAGUCUCAGCACCGCCAGUGCCCCCCUCACCCCCGUGAGCACUAUCCCACCCACCACACAGCCCGCAGCUCUUACAUACUCAGAAGAUCUUUGCAAGCAGAAAUGCAAAAGGACUGGAACAAUUGAAAGCCAUUACUGCUCUAGUAACUUUGUGAUUACUGCCACACUUAUCUCAGCAGCCGUGAGGGACCGCAGCAUCCUCGCCACCUUUUCCAUCAUGCACCUCUACAAGGAAGGAAGUUUAGCCAUCCAACAGGCUGGGAAGACCAUGAGCACCAAAAUCACGGUCCUCUGUAAAAAAUGCCCUCUGGUCAGACGAGGGCUUAACUACAUUGUCAUGGGACAGACAGAUGAACAGGGUCAAGGUGUUGUUUCUCCUCACAACUUCGUGAUGGCCUUCAAAACCAAGAAGCAACGAGAUCUGGGAGUGCUGAAGAAUAUACGCUGCUAAUGUGCACAGGUCACCUCCAUAGCUGUUUAUUUCUAUUAACUAGGUGAUUCACUUGAUGUACAUGCUUUUGAUAACAUUCAUACUUGAAGGACUCUUUCAAUAUUUAAGACUGGUCUAAUAUUUUAAUAUUUCUGAAACACAUUUACUCCAACAAAACAGAAAAAAAUCAUUCAAAUGUUGUUUAGUUUUCUGUUUUAAACAUCUCUGACCACAUGA